AUGCCAGAUCCAGAUCUUGCAGAGUCUCUCGACCGUAUCCUUCCGGAGGCUAAGUCUCUCGAGCUCCUUGAAGCUGGUGCUUCUCAAGUUUCCCCAACGGAUGAGCUUGCAGGCGGAAGUGCGUUCUGCUAUGUUGGGCCGACGCAAAAGUCGGACCAUCUGACCACCAUGUGCUGGAUAGACUGGGAAGGAUCGACGUUUCUUUACUGGCGAGCAGCAGGUGUCAAAUGCGCAGAAGGCGAGACCGCAAUGGCCGAGUAUCAGUUGAUGGACUGGAGAUAUUUUUCUGCCAUCUAA